AUGGGCAAUAACAAUCCCCCGUGGCUGGACAGCCUAACGGACGACUGGGACCCCAUCCCUGGUACUCCAAGUCCAGUUCCGGCUCGAUCCAUUAACCAUUCCCGCCAAUCCAGUACUCAGGACUCUCCCAGUCGCAUUCCUAUUCCCGCUCGCCACCGUUCCGUUGAGCAGUCUCCUGCGGAUCCCAAGAAGAAGGUUACCCGACCGUGCCAUUUUAUCAAGAGAGAACCGCCUACACCCAAACGCCCUCGCACACCCCGAACGCCGGCGAAGCGAACCCCCGUGACCAAGAAUAACAGCCCCAGGUCUAGAAGCAGUACUAAGCCGGCGAGAACUCCGAAGUCUGGAACGAAGAAAAGCCCGAAACCCAUCCCGUCGUCCAAGUCGAAACCGACGUCAGACAGUCCGAAACCGAAUGUGCCCGCUGCGCGUAAACACCUCCACGCAAUAGACACGCGCUCGCCCUUGCGGUCGGUAUCGAACGUUUCCAGCCAAUCUAGUCAGCCUAGUCAGCAGGGUACGGUGCAAGUUCGGCCAAAGGAUAACAACAAGACGCGAGAGUCGACCCCAGAAUGGCGCAAGAGAUUGGUACACGGUGAACUGCCCACGGGCGAGCAACGCGAUUUGUUUGCACCCAUUGGGUUGGAGAGCGUCUUCAAACCUCCCACACCAGGCUCUGAGGCGGCGCGACACAACAAGGUUCCUAUGUUUAAGCAAUCGACAGAUAUUUGGAAUUUCAACGAGGGCAGCGAAACGAAUAUGCACAAUCCCGACAUGGACAAUGCCAAUGAGGGCCGUCGGGAAGACACUGGUGACUCAAAGGGCAAGGAUCCAGCUUUGCAGGAUAUAAAGCGCGACAAAGCCAGCAGUCCACGCGCAUCCCCAGAAGACGCGUUAAAGGCCAGCAACAGUGGGGGGCAACAAAAUCGUAAUGCAAAUCAUUCUUCUCUUGACAACACUCAACUACGCAGUGUGAGUGGCUUGGAAGAUCUCCGGAAUGAAGGUAUCACUCCGAUUACUUUCUCGCGGUCGAAUACGCUAGACGGCAACGGAACGUCCGAAAUUAUAAAGUCGGCUUUGAAGCAAGUCACAGACAAGCUGGAGGGUCUCUCGUUGCGUGCUGGAGACCGUCCCGGUUCCAGAGCGAGCGAUAGCGCGCUGUUACAUCCGCAGAGCGAGGUUCCGGCAGAGGCUUUACCGCCAGGAAAUGAAUUGCUGGAUGUGACGAGCAACUCAUUACCUCAAGAUCUUUCUAUGGGCACCUUGGGUGCCUUUGCCCGUUUUCGCCGCACAGAUUUCUUAGGUGAAGGAUCCCUGCUCAAGCCACGCCUUACUCCGUCGCCCCUUCCUUCCCAGCGUCUCUCCCCGCAAGCACUCUGGAACUCGCGCAUCCGAAGCUCACCUCCAUUCUACUUCAAAACGAAUCCGUUAACAGAUCCACCCACGUUACCAAAGCCAUCGUCACCCCAUAGCGAAAACUCUGCGACCGAACGCUCUGCGGAGGGCAAAGUCGAGGGCAUGCCGUCGUCCGGCAGCCCCUUGAAACUUUUUGGAAACCAUGAUACUUUCACGAACAACAAACUUCUUCGACGGAUGAGUCAAUUCGAGGAAACCUUUGGUCACCCGUCCGAUGAGGACGAACCGGUAUCGCCUUCAGAGGAGGCUCGACGGAAGGGUGAGAACCGAAGCCUGUUGAGCGUGAAACCCGACAGAUCAUCUUCAAGGCGUUCAAGAAUCAGAGGGACAAACAAUCCCAAACUUAAUCGCUUCGGGGAUGGCGGUCUGGAUCAUUUCGAUUUCUCUGAUACAAGCCCUUACGAACCCAAGCUGCUGUACCACGAGAUGCCAGAUUCUGACUACCGCCCCUCUUCACAAAGGAGAUUCUCUAUUUCUCACCGGCAAUAUCGACGGACCUCACUUGACGAUCAUGACCACGAGCACUCUCCAGAUCACCUGUCGUCCGCAGACGACGAUUCUUUAGACUACGGCGAACUUAAUCACAGAUCGAAGAUACCUUCGACGGAGAAGAACCCAAAGAGGCGUAGGACUAUCCUGAAAUCAGGUAGUCCGGAUUUUGAAGAUGAAGGUGGUCGUAAUCUGCCAGGUCGGACUGAUAAUCUUUCGUUGUUGCAAAAAAGCUUAAUGCAACACGGCAUCGACGACAGUGACGAGAAUCAUCUGAAUCAAUCCAGCUCGCAGCAAAGACCACGAACACCUAGCAACUCACAGUCGUCCACGCGAAAGAGAUCCUCGUCGCACUGGCACCACCCUAAUGAUACCCACAUUGGCGAAGAGUCGCCGUCAGAUAUGGCCGUUCCUAGAGUUCAAGUGACUGGCGUCAACGACGAGGUGCGCAGAGGCUCAAUUACCACUCAGGAUUACCUCAACGAAGCCACAAGAGUCAUGGAUAUGAUCCGAUCAAAGGGUAGAACCACAGGUGGGCUAUCAAGUGUGGAAGAACUUGAUAUGGAAGGUGAAGAAGAUGACGAUAGCUACGAUGAUAAUGAUGAUGAUGAUGAUGAUUCCACUCGAGAAGAGUUCUCACGUCCCCCGAGUCGGGAAGGCGUCGAUCUGCGUAAGCUCAGAGAGCCCAACGAGCCCAAUCCGCGCGUCAUGAGCUACCUGAAGAAGUUCCAAGAAAACGAUGAUCCAGAAUUUGGAGUCAGUACAUCUGUUGCAUCGCUCCACCUAGGUGAUGAUCAGCAGCCAGGAUCGCCAUCCCGAGACAUUCCUCAUGACUUCGAUGCGGACAGAGUUGAGCGAAACCAGAAUGACGACCAGCAGGAACAUAAGCAUUCGGUAGGGUCAGUCGACGAGGAAGGUGGCCAUGUUACUAUCAACACACAAAUGUCGUCCAAGAGCAUUCCCACUGGUUCAUCGCAGGGCUCGUAUGCGAAAGGCGUCCUGUCUUCCGACGUGGUGUCGCACUUGAUUCCGGAACAAGUCAACGGUCUCACUUACGACCGCUUCAGACAGAAGUGGGUCAAGGAGAAAGCGAAACAAGCACCUGAGAAGCCAAAAGGCGAAGAUAGCGAGGAUGAUCCGUUCAGGGAUAUUCCCGACCUCAGCGUCGACGAAUUGCAGGAGAUGAUGCGAAUGCAGUCCAGUUCUCCGACUAAGACUGACGAUGGCCGGCCGGCCGAGGAAGCUAACGACCCCCAGAGUCCACUCAGUGCAAAACGGUCACAAACCCGCGAUCGAGCACCAUCGGUUAUCGCCAGCACUAUUGAGUCAAAAGCAUCCCGUUUUGCAUCCACUGACCUCGACUCCGGCACCAGGGCUACAUCAUGGGAUACUGAUCAACACAGAAAUGGAGAAACCACAAGUGAGGUUGAGCACGAGAUCAAAUUGCAUGAGGGGCGUCUAUCGAAGCCUCCUCGCCGUCAGAGAGCUUCCAAUCAACAAGCUCGAGCAGUUACCGUUAACUUCUCCUCGCCUCCUGUCUCUCGUAUCGCAUACAGCGAUGACUACACCCCGACCAAAUACAUGAGUCGGGAGCUAGAUCAAGGAGCCAUUCAAGAGCAAGAGAGCCCGGCUGGUGACACGCGCCCUCAUCAAGAAUCUCAGACUCCCAGCAACCGCUCGACUGGCGAUAGCGACAACGAUGAUGAUGCGUUGUCUGUCAUGCGACGAAGCACCGAGGGAGCCGUGUCUACGCCCCUCAAUGGUCACCAAGAGAAUUCUUUGGUUCGCUUCCAAGAGCCUGGACACGACUCGAGUUAUAGCUUUCAUCUCAGCCCCCUACCAGAUUUCACUGUGCAUCAGAUCGACAAACCGCUGCACCUUGAACUGAGCUAUGUGGCCAACCGCACGAAUCCGACGUCCCUGCGUCAGGUACAUGGGACAUUCGCUUUAGCAACAGAGGACCUUGUCAGACACCUCACUGAAGUCGAGCCUUUCGAGCCGUACUGGGAGCACGUCCGGCGUCUGAUCCUCCGCGACAAGGGCCUCAUCACCCUUCAUAAACUGAACGACUUCUGUCCUCGUCUGGAAGAUCUCGACGUAUCGGAAAAUGACAUCGGUCAACUCAGUGGCAUUCCCGCUACUCUACGCACCCUCAGGAUACAGCGUAACUGUCUCACGAGCCUGACGGCGUGGGGUCACCUGGUCAAUUUGCAGUACUUGGACGUUUCAAACAACGAGCUGGAGAGCUUGGAUGGCUUUGGAAGCUUGAUUCAUCUCCGAGAAAUCAAGGCAAAUGACAAUAAAAUUCGGAAUAUUGACGGAAUUCGCGAACUGAAUGGUCUUUUGAGUCUCAAGUUGAGUAACAACUCCCUGACGUCUGUGGACUUUGAGGGAACUGAAUUGACUCGUCUUAAUGAAUUGGAUCUGAGCUAUAACGUGCUUACGUCCGUUCAAAAUCUGCAUCUCUUGCCAUCCAUCUCCGUGCUCAACCUGAGCUUCAAUCGCCUCACUGAAGUUGAGUUUUCAACGCCUAUGUACAACCUGCGCUCGUUGAAACUCUCAAACAAUAACCUGAGCGCCCUCGAUACUGCUGCGUUGCCUAUCUUAACACUUCUUUACACUGACCAGAAUGCGUUGUCGACGAUAUCUGGCCUUGAACACUGUCACAAGCUGGAAAUCCUUUCUGCUCGGGAGCAGCUAGUCUCAGAGAGAGACAGUGACAAGUACUUUGGCGUCGACCUGGGUCAAGUGAGGGAUAUCCGCAAGGUGUUCUUAUCGUCAAACAAGCUGUCCACACAAAGUGUCUCUCCUUCCGCUCCACUGCUUAGCUUGCAGCUACUUGACAUAGCAUCUUGCAAGCUCGAGACCUUGCCAGCAGAGUUCUCUCUGAACUUUCCUAACCUCAAAGUUCUCAAUCUGAACUUCAACGCGUUGACCGGCAUUACUGAAUUGGCGGGUAUGAACUGUCUUUCCCGAUUAGCGGUUGUCGGAAACCGCAUUACAAGAAUGCGACGACUUUGCCAGGCCUUGAGCUACAUAGGGAGGACGAGCAGAAACAGCGCCUGCUCGCUUCAAAAGGUCGACAUCAGGGGUAACCCUCUGACUGUCAGAUUCUAUCCACCACCUGUCACGGGAAGUGGUAAAUCAAUGGAGAACAAGAAGUUGCACGGCAAGGAAGCAGAUCGCGAGCGUGGCCGUCCCCAAGCCAAAACUACUCUCGACCUCCGCGCUGCCCUGGCUGACAUGAGCCAGAAUCAAAGCGAGGGCAUUCCUCACCCAACUCUAUGGGGCGAAAUAGAUGGCGAGGUAGAGGACAUGGAUUUGGACGCAGACGUAGACAAGGACCGCGAUGUUGAAAUCAACGAUCCUUACACCCUGCCCACUGCAGACGCUGAGGCGGACACGAAGUAUUUUUCUCAUUUGGAUGAGUCAACGCGGCUACGACGAAGGAUUGUUGAACUUAUGAUUUACGCUGGAACGGGCGGCUCGGUUAAAUACCUGGACGGAUUGGAGUUACGGCCGAUGCUCGAACAGGGAUCGGAUAUGCAUCAUGCUUGGACGAAACUGGAGAAACUGGGCGUGUUGAGGAGAAAGGCGAUUACGGACUAA